AGAGCACCGGGCGCCCGGGCGGGGACAGUGGGCGUGCGAUGCCUGAGCCAAGCAGGCCGCUGCGCGCCCGGGUCCCGGCCGGGGAGGAUGCGCGCUGCGCGGGAGCGGCCGUGCGGGCGGUGCGAUGCUGGUGACCCGCGGGGACCGCGGCGGCGGGGAGCGCGCGCCCUCGCGGCGCCCGCGCUGCGGGCUGGUUCCAGCGGGGGCCGCGGCGCUGCUAGCUGGGGCCAGCUGCCUUUGCUACGGCCGCUCGCUGCGGGGCGAGUUUGUACACGACGAUGUGUGGGCGAUCGUGAACAACCCCGACGUGCGGCCCGGGACACCGCUGCGCUGGGCCAUCUUCGCUAACGACUUCUGGGGCAAGGGCCUGGCGGACAGCACCAGCCACAAGUCCUAUCGGCCACUGUGCGUGCUGUCCUUCAGGCUAAACAUAUUUCUGACUGGCAUGAACCCUUUCUACUUCCACGCGGUCAAUGUCAUUCUACACUGCCUGGUGACCCUUGUGCUGAUGUAUACCUGUGAUAAAACAGUCUUCAAGAAUCGCGGACUGGCGUUUGUCACAGCUUUGCUCUUUGCGGUGCACCCAGUCCACACUGAGGCGGUGGCUGGCAUCGUGGGCAGAGCUGAUGUACUAGCAUGCCUCCUGUUCCUGCUGGCCUUUCUUUCCUACCAAAGGAGUCUGGAUCAGGGCUGUGCAGGGCAGUGCUUCCCCACAACGGCUUCCCCCUUCUUCCUGCUGCUCAGUUUGUUUCUGGGGACCUGUGCCAUGCUGGUGAAGGAGACAGGCAUCACCGUGUUUGGAGUGUGCUUGGUUUAUGAUCUCUUCUCUCCCUCCCACAAGCAGGACAAGUUGAGCAAUGGGGCGGUCUGUCAGCACAGCUCUGGGCAGCCAGGGAGCCCCCAGCCUUCCUCUCAGCAAGCCCACCCCCACCGUGAGAGCAGAAAGCAGCGCUUCCCACACAAAGACUCCUGGGGAGGCUGCCAUUCACCAUUGCCACCAGAGCCCAAGAGCAGUGGAUUCCCCAUGUCGCCGAGAGCUAUGUGGUCUCUGAUGAGGUGUCUGACUGGGAGCACCAACAGAAAUUUCCUUCUUACCUUGAGACCGUUUUUAAAGCGGGCCAUUUUGGUCAUCAGUUAUGUGACUGUCAUUUUGUAUUUCCGCCUGUGGAUAAUGGGAGGAACUAUGCCCCUCUUCUCAGAGCAAGACAAUCCAGCUUCAUUCUCGCCAUACAUCCUUACAAGGUUCCUUACCUAUUCCUACCUCCUGGCCUUCAAUGUAUGGCUUCUGCUGGCACCCAUCACUCUGUGCUACGACUGGCAAGUGGGAAGUAUCCCUCUGGUGGAGACCAUAUGGGAUGUGAGGAACCUUGCUACCAUCCUUCUGGCAGUGGUGAUGGCCUUACUGAGCCUGCACUGUGUGGCAGCCUUCAAGAGGCUGGAGCACAAGGAAGUAUUGGCCGGCUUGCUGUUCCUCGUGUUCCCGUUCAUUCCAGCCAGCAACCUAUUCUUCAGGGUGGGCUUUGUGGUGGCCGAGAGAGUCCUGUACAUGCCUAGCAUGGGCUACUGCAUUCUGUUUGUGCAUGGACUGAGUAAGCUCUGUGCUGGGCUGAGCCGGUGCGGGGCCACCUCCCUGAUGGCGUCCACUGUGUUGCUUCUGCUGCUGUUCUCCUGGAAGACUGUGAAGCAGAAUGAAAUCUGGCUGUCGAGAGAGUCCUUAUUCAGGUCUGGAGUUCAGACUCUACCCCACAAUGCCAAGGUUCAUUACAACUACGCCAAUUUCCUAAAAGACCAAGGUCGGAACAAGGAAGCGAUCUACCACUACAGAACCGCCCUCAAGCUGUACCCACGCCACGCAAGUGCACUGAACAACCUUGGGACACUGACCAAGGACAUGGCAGAAGCUAAGAUGUACUACCAGAAGGCAUUGCAGCUCCACCCGCAGCACAACCGUGCACUUUUCAAUCUGGGGAAUCUCCUCAAGUCCCAGGAGAAGACAGAAGAAGCCAUCAUGCUGCUGAAGGAAUCCAUUAAAUAUGGUCCAGAUUUUGCUGAUGCCUAUUCAAGCUUGGCUUCCCUACUGGCGGAGCAGGAAAGAUUUAAGGAAGCUGAGGACAUUUACCAGGCUGGAAUAAAGAACUGUCCGGACAGCUCAGACUUACACAACAACUAUGCAGUUUUCUUAGUUGACUCUGGCUUUCCUGAGAAGGCUGUGGCUCACUACCAGCAGGCCAUCCAGCUCAGCCCAAGCCAUCAUGUGGCUGUGGUGAACCUAGGCCGACUCUACAGGUCCCUGGGAGAGAACAGCAAGGCUGAAGAGUGGUACAGACGUGCCCUGAAGGUGGCCCGCACGGCUGAGGUACUGUCACCUCUGGGAGCGCUCUAUUACAACACUGGCCGACACAAGGAGGCACUGGAGGUGUACAGGGAAGCUGUCUCACUCCAGCCUUCCCAGAGGGAGCUCCGCCUGGCUCUGGCACAGGUUUUAGCAGUGAUGGGUCAGACCAAAGAAGCUGAAAAGAUAACCAGCCAUAUAGUCUCUGAGGAGCCCAGGUGCCUGGAGUGCUACCGCCUCCUGUCAGCAAUCCACAGCAAGCAGGAGCACCAUGGGAAGGCACUCGAGGCCAUAGAGAAGGCUCUUCAACUGAAGCCCAAGGACCCAAAAGUCAUAUCUGAACUAUUCUUUACAAAAGGAAACCAGCUAAGAGAACAGAACCUUCUGGACAAAGCUUUUGAGAGCUAUGAAGCUGCUGUGACCCUGGAUCCUGACCAGGCACAGGCAUGGAUGAACAUGGGUGGCAUCCGGCACAUCCAGGGAAGCUAUGUGUCUGCAAGGGCCUAUUAUGAGAGAGCCCUGAAGCUGGUUCCAGACAGCAAGCUGCUGAAGGAAAAUCUGGCCAAGCUGGAUCGCCUGGAGAGGAGGUUACAAGAAGUCAGAGAACGGGAUCAAACAUAGAUCAAAAAAGGACACAUUCACGUGGGACUCACCGGCCUGAAGAGGACAGAGUUGGGGAGGCCUUGCUUAUACACAGCAGGCUCUGCCAGCCAGGCAGUCCUCUCCUGGUGACACAGUGGGAGUCAGUCACUGAUGACUGUGUUGAAAGAGUUGUUUCCAUGAAGAGACAAACAGCAGAGGAGAGCACACUGUCUGCAGGGAAGGGAGAUAGCAAGUGCACGCUUUGCCAGCUCCUGUGUGACCCCCAGUCCCAGGAUAUUAAGCAGUGCUUUGGCAGCAGAUAGUGACCUUCAUUAUUACUAUAGCCCAGAAAUACAGAAACUCAAAGUCCUGUAAACACAGCAGCUGUUCCUAAGAAAGGAUGUGUUCUCUGAAGUCAGCCCUUGAAAAUCCGCUUGUGCAACUUCAGUUAAUUCUCAACAAUCUAGAGUCGGUGGUGAAGAGCAUUGGUAGAGCCCUGUGGAGGCAGGGGAGCAGAGCACUUGAUAGCUGGGCUUGGGCUAGCAUCGCCCAGAUUAUCACUAAGCACUUUUGGAGAAGUACAUUAAAUGCUACUCUGGUAUAUGUUUUUUUCUAGUGCCUAAAACACCAAGAUGGAAUCUUCUAGAAUUGUAUGUGACUAUAUGUAUCUCUACAGGAAAGUCGAAGCUCAGCACCCUUGAUUCUUUAUGGAAGUGUUUUAAAUGUUUGAACUGUAUUCCAGGUUUCACUAGUGUUGUGUCUCCACUCUGAGCCUUCUGAGUGCAUUAACACUGAGGUUGGGACCCUGAAAUGUGUUGCUCAGGUGUGGAGCUGUGGGCUGCACUCCUCACAGAAGUGUUAAAGGGUCUGUCCAGGGAAGGGCUCUACUUUAUUCUUUUAAGAUCAAGACUUAUGAGAUUUAUUGUUUUUGAAAGAUAUAUUUGAGCACUAAAGAAUCUUUACAUUGUGUUACAGAAUUCCUCAUAGACUCUUAAGUUGAGGGAAAAGAGCUCUGUCAUUGACUUUUGAGAUUUACUGAGGAUUCUGUAUUUAAAACACAAGUGAGUUUGGAGACUUUGUAGAGAAUACUCUAAAACUCUAGGAUGAAGUCAAAAUUCAUAAUUUUUUAAAAAUAUAUUUAUAUUUAAAAACAAGGAAGACAAAGUUGAAAUCACAAUUUGACAUUAUUUUUAGUGUUAUUUAUUGUAUAACUUAUAAAAUAUUUAAUAUAUAUCCAUAAUUCUUGUUUUUUUCCUCUGUACAUAGUCAUUUUGAUAGCAGCUCUCAAAACCAAGCAUAUGAAAAUUGCAAGAUAGGAAAGCUUUCACAGUCUCCCUAAAUCAUAUUGGUUAUUUGCCAAUAAGACUAAUGGAGUUAGGGUCAGCUCAGUGUUUGGGGAGGGAAGGAUUUGGAAGGGCUUAUCACUGAAAACAAAACACCACAGGCCAUGCAGGUCCUGAUGCUGAGCCAGCCAUCACACAGACAUGACAGGUGGAAAGCAAAACCAUCUCACCAGUGCAGCCAGGCCCGAGGGAAAACCCUCUGCUGCUUACAGCCCAGCAUCAGGAUGCCGUGCCUCUGUGUGCUGUUUCUGAAGCAGAUAAGCUGAAGUAAAUGGCUGGAAAUGUAUUUGGAAAGGCAUGGCGAGGGAGUUGAUCCAACACACACCUGCUUUUUGGGGGCAGUUUUUUGUCACCUGGUUUCUGUCAACAUUACCUAAAUUAUCAUAAAUUGAUCUAAAAACUUUUUUCCAUCUAAGAUAUAAAUCUUUACUCCCAAGGUCAAAAAGUGUACUAUAGUGUUUAUUAUAAAAUAAUUCCUAGCCCCUAAGUUGGAUGGCAGGGACCCUUGGUAAAAGUCACCUCUUAGUUAUAAUAGUAUUUAACAAAAUAGAUGCAUUAAAAGGUAAUGGAAUAGAUUGAACUAUAACAUUUGACAGGACUUUGCCUUACAGAAAGCACUUCAGGUGGUCUCAGUAUACACUUGCUAGAGUAAUUAAAAGGCAACUACAGCGUAAACCUUUCAGAGGAGAAAAAGCCACAUGACAUCUAGGAGACUGCUUUAUCUGGGCCUCUCUUCUUUCUCAUUUGUCUCCCCACUUUGGCAUCUCCUGAAGCAGUUAAAAAUAAGCACUGCUUACAAAGAAAAGCAAAAUCAGCUUGCUUUGUUGGCCUAGAUAUUUUGGAUCCUUUAUUGAAAUGAGGCAGUGAGAUAGUUUCCAUGGUUGAAAUGUUUCCUGUGAGAAGAUCAGUUGCAAACCGUUUGAGUGUAUUUUGUAACAUGCUAUUUGGUCCUUGUGACGUGGAGUCAUCUUUAUUACAGUAGAAACAGAGCCUGGUGUCUCAUGAAAAUGCAUCUGCUUUGCCAUCAGCAAGCUUGUGCCCCAUGGUAACUGGAGAGCUGUUCUGACGCCUGGGGGCAGAGCUGGCUUUGUCCUAGCAGGGUCUCAUCAUGGGUACUGAGACUCAGACCCAGGACCUUGUGCACUCCCUCUGAGCUCUGUCCACAGCUAAAUUUAUUCUUCAUGUUUUUUGUUUGUUUGUGUCCAGCCCUGGGUCUCAGAAUUCUGAAGUAUGCCUUAGGUAGGAAGGAGACAAAAAACAAAUCAGGACUUGCUUUACCUGUUCUGAACCCCAGCAUAGCAUUCCUGAAGUUCUUCUUUCCUUACACAGAGCCCUUAACACACAUCCUUGUAGCCCCUCCCACCACCACCAUUCCUUUUCAGGCCUGUCCUUCAUCGUACCUAGACCCAGCCAAUGUCAUGAAAUCCACACAUGUGGCAGUCCAUUCAUGUGCCCAUUGACAUAGAAGUUAUAGGAAUGGCUUGGGGGUUAUUUGGUUAGGAUUUUUCAAAAUGAUUCAGAUGAUACAAUGCCAUUUAUAAAACCUGAUUUGGUGGUAGAACGCAGGUGAAUAGACCAAAAAUAUGGAGACCGUGGGGAAUAGUGCUCUUUGAGGCCUGGGGGCCCUUGUUUGUUUGUGUGGUUCUGGUGUUGGAACUUCAUGUAUGCCAGGGGAGCCUUCUAUCACUGGCUACUAGUGACAUCUCAGCCCUGGAGUUGUUUCUUUUGAAGUUUUGUCUACAUUAGUAUGCAGGUUCUCUUUUGAAGUCUACAGCAGAAUUUCACAGGCUUUUUGCAGCUUUCAGCCAAGACUAAAUAAAAAUUCUAAACCACACUGUAGAAGCAAACCUGAGGUGACUAAACUGAGGGGGAAAAGAAAUUAAAUGUCCCAUUUCUUGUGACUGUUAGCAGACAGUUUAUAUCCUGCUUACAGAGCAGCAUGGGUUGGUAGGGAGGUCCUCCCUCCAGCACACGGUCUCCCAGCACUGGCUGCCUUUAGAGAACUAGGACCCUUCCUCUGGUGCUAGCAAAGUCCUACAGGGCUGAGCACUUUAAGGAGGUUUGUGACUUUUACCAAGGGGAUGCCAUUAAAAUGACAAUUCUAUUUCUAGAUUAGACUAAAAUAAGCCAAAGAAUUCUAAAGAAUGAGUCAUUGCCCCAUGGGUUGGUUAACGCCAUUACUCCUAGACAGACUGGGAGGUGGCUGAGUGGGGUGGCUUUAUGCUUGUGGCCACUGGACUAUAAUUUGCCCUUCUAUUUAGAAAAUGCUUGGGUGUCAGAUGGAGAGGCACCACCUUGCUACGUGCAUGUACCAGGCAAGGUACCAAAGAUAACAAAUGAAAAACAAACCCAUGAUUUCUUUGGGCUCUUAGAAGGUGUCCAAGGCUCAGUGCUUGCCUCUGCCUCUCUCCCUCUUUCUCUCUGCCUGGCACAGACACUGGGGCUUUGUCAUUUAGUUCUUGAUUAUACUUACUCAAACCUGUUUUGUUUUUUGAGCCAGGUGGUGGUGGUGCACACCUUUAAUCCCAGCACUUGGGAGGCAGAGACAGGUGGAACUCUGACUUACAGCCCAGCCUGGGCUACAAGGUGAGUUCCAGGACAGCCAUGGCUACACAGAAAAAACAAACCAACAGCAACAACAAUAACAAAAAAACACACACUCAUACAAACACUUUUUAAAAACAAGAAUCAUAAGCAAAAAUGCCUUUCUUUUCUGUCUGUGGUGGGUCCACCCAGGAGGAGAAGCCUUCAGGAGACUCCUGACAGUAGUGGUACAUGGCGAGUACCUGUACUAAGGAGUUGGCUUGUUCUUGCUUUCUUAUUUUCAUAUCACAGUUUCCAUUGUAGGUUGUCAUUUCCCAAAUACUGCAAAGCCCAAGUAUCUAAAUGGCAUCCUUUUACAGGUAAUACUAUAGAUGUCUGUCAAACCUUACUCCCAGACAGCAGCUAUAUAAGCUAAGGCUAUGGAAUACCAAAAACAAUGUCAGAAAUAUAAUACUUGCCAUUAUUCCGAAUUUUCAAUUCAAAGCAUGUUUUAUAGUUCUGAAAACACUUCUAAUAUUUUUGUUUCUGUGAGCUCUUUGUUCUGAGAGAGCAGAUAAAUAACUAUAGUAAAACCGAUGGCUUCCUAUCAAAGUGGGACCACAGGAUAGAAAAAAUACAUGAAGCUGUCAGUUGACUCAUUAAAAUAUUCCAUUUUGAUCAUUUGGACUCUUCUGAUUAAAGCCACCAGGACAUGUAACUUUAAAAAGAGACAGCACCUCACAAUGUGUGUAGUCCUGGUCUGAUGUUGUAAAUGUAGGUAAUCAGCUGUUCCUAACUGGAAACAUCUGCAUGCAGAGAUCAGAAUAUCUCCCAUUGGCACACACACUAUAUUCAUAGCGAAUCUGGAAGUUCCUAAUGUGCAUAUCCUUUGGGGGUUCUUUAGCUGUUGGCCCAUCAUGGGGGCACACUAGUGCAAGAUUACUGCUUCAGAGUUCUAAUCGUAGAGUCACUCUGAGGAGCUGCAUCGCUGAGGCAGGUUGGUCUGUCUCAGUGGAGUUUGUCCCCCGUGAAGUACUGUCCUGUCCAUGAUCCUCUUCAGUGCAUUGAAAAGCACUGCUAUGCAUCUGUGGAGAUAAUGAUUUGGCCCCACUCCUAUCAUUCUCGGUAGUGUGCACCACAACCACAACAAAACACAAACAACCCCCGGGAGGAUCAGGUUGCCCGGGUCUGUAACAUGACAAGAAUAGUAACCCUUACUUUACAGUCUAUGUGCUUAAAGUUCUUGUAGUGACCCUGUCACUUUCCUGGGAGCCCAGGGUGCUGAGGUGUCUCCAGAGGCCAGGGCUUGUUUUGACUGUGUGGAAGUCACUGUGUUUGCUGUCAGGACCUUGUUCUUUGUUCCCUCUGCUCAGUGUUCCUAUUUUGGGUGAUUGUAUAUAAAUGUACACCUGCAUUAUUUUUGCUAUGCUGCUUAAAAUAUUUCUCCAUUUAAGUCUGACUGUAUACUUUGCCUAAGUCUUUCAAAAAUAAAAUUUAUGUAAAUGUCUAUUUUAUAUAAAACAUGGUAAAAUAAGAA